AUGACUUAUCAUGAUCCACACGAGGAGGAUCUGAUAUACGAUAUUAAGGAAAAAACAUCCGUGAGUACCUUUGUUGAACUUCGGCGUGAGUGUUCACCCGACGAGUAUUUUAAUAUCUGUCAUAGGCUGUCUAGUACGGAGGGAAUCCUUUUUGACAGUCUGCGCUCCAUUCUCUGGAAGGAUAUGGUGCUGGGGUUAGAGGCGACCCCUACCGUUCCUUAUUUGGCCGAUACCCUUAUUUCUCAUACCAAGCUGGAGAAUAAGGAUCAUCACAUUAGUCUUCAUAACCCUGCCCAUGCUUGCAAUUCUUCCCGCCAAAGCGAUAGGUCGAAUGAGCGUUCUGUUGGCUCCGCAGGUUGUAGAAAGGGCGUGUUAGUUAAGCCCUCAGCGAGGUCUAUAUCAAUGCCAUCUAUAUCUGCAGUUCCACGAGGCGAAAGGUACUCCACCUUACGGCGGCGCUCAAACUCGGAGAUUGUAAAAUCCCCAAAGACCGUUAGGAAUGGCUCCACUUCUCUUUAUCCCGCGAAUGACGACAAAAUGACAUUGCCUUUUUCCCACUUUCCGUCAAACUGCCAAAUCCGGGUUCUAGAGGCCGACAUCCAGCGUUCAUUGUGGUUAUUUUAUCCACAAGAGGAAGAGCGCAAUCGAAUGCGAAGCAACUUGAAAAAAAUUAUACUGCGAGUCCUUGCAAACAACCCUGAUCGAUAUUACUACCAGGGAUUGCAUGAAUUAAUCGGCUUUGUGAUGUAUGUUCUGUCUCCGAUCCUCAGUUCUGAGGAAUUGGUAUCAAUUUGCGAGGGUAUGCUGCGAACUCGAUGGUGCACUUUUAGCGAAAAAAAACUUCAACAUUCCGAGGCACUUCUUUACGCAAUGCACGCUGUGAUUGCGGAAAAGGCGCCAUCGCUGGCGAUGGCUCUGGAGAAGUGCGGCGUGGGGCCGGAAUCCCACUACGCCGUCUCGUGGAUUAUCACGUGGUAUGUGCACUCUCUGAGGGAUCUGAAGGUUCUGGCCCGGCUGUUUGAUUACUUUAUUACGGACGAGGACGGUAUGGCGGUGAUUUUCUUCACCUCGGCGUUUGUGAUCAGCCAGCAGGGGCGCAUACUCAACUGGAUCGACGAGGCAUCUGCCGAGAUGCUCUCCAGCGGAUUCGACGAGACCGAUGACAUUACUGCGAUGGCAAAAAUCUAUUCCCAAAUGACAAAAAUGCCUUCUGAAGUUCUUGAUUUCAUGAGUAUUGAUGAACUCAACAAAUUAAUUAAACAGGCAACACAACUGAGGACGAAUUUUCUAAAUGCAAUGCACCGUGAACGGGAUAACUUUAUCAAUGGGAAGGUCCGGAAGUUAGGCUUCUUGGCCAAUCAGCGCACCCGAAAUGCGGCCUUGAGGCUGUUAUGGUAUCUACUUCCGCGUGAGUGGCGCAACCCUGUGAUAAAACGAAGCCUUUUUCAAGUGAUGCUCGUGGCAGGGAUCGUGGUGUUUAUGACGACAGCCCUAUUUUGUAGAUCUAGACUAAUUGAGUCUACCAUCCCUCUGUAA